AAGUAGCUUUAGCUUGUGGACAAAAAAAUACUAGCAAGUAUCUUUAGCUUGUAGAGAAAAAAAUGCCAGCAAACUUGCAUUCCCCUUUUGGCUCUAUCCUCUAUUUCUACAUAGCCAGCCCAAGUUGUCUUCUGCAAUCUCCACCUCACACACACACACACAGCGAGAGAGAGGGAGAUGGGAAGGGGCGAUGAGUAUGUGCCAUUGUUUGAAACAAAAGAAGCAAAGGGUCGAAUACCAUAUAGACUGUAUGCAGCUUCAGUCUUUGUGGGAAUAUGCAUGAUUUGGGUGUACAGAGUGAGUCAUUUACCUGCUGCAGAAGAGCAAGUGCUAGAACGCUGGGUUUGGGUUGGAGCCUUCUUAGCAGAGCUCUGGUUCAGUUUCUAUUGGCUCAUCACUCAGUUCGUUCGAUGGAACCCAAUCUUUCGCUCUACCUUUAAAGACAGGCUCUCUCACAGAUAUGCGGAAGAUUUGCCCGGCAUAGACAUAUUUGUGUGCACAGCAGACCCCAGAAUAGAACCACCAACGAUGGUGAUUAACACAGUUUUAUCAACAAUGGCCUACAAUUACCCGCCCGAGAAGCUCAGCAUAUACCUCUCAGAUGAUGGCGGAUCAGAGUUAACAUUCUAUGCUCUCUUAGAGGCUUCCCGUUUUGCAAAAGAAUGGCUGCCAUUCUGCAAGAAAUUCAAGGUGGAACCAAGGUGCCCAGAGGCUUAUUUUUCCUUUGUUUCAGUUGAUCAUACCCUUCAGGCCACCCCAGAAUGGUCCUCUAUCAAGAGAUCAUAUGAAGAUAUGAAAAACCGGAUCAACACAACAGAAAAGCUCGGUCAUAUUUCAGAGGAAAUACGCAAAGAGCACAAGGGAUUUCGUGAUUGGGCCUUGGUUUCCAACCGACAUGAUCAUCCAACCAUUCUUCAAAUAAUAAUUGAUGGGAGAAACCGCAAGACCGUCGAUGUAGAAGGACAACCUUUGCCAACUUUGAUAUACUUGGCACGUGAGAAGAGACCCAAAUACCACCACAAUUUUAAAGCAGGAGCUAUGAAUGCUCUGAUAAGAGUGUCAUCAAGGCUAAGCAACAAUCCAAUUAUUCUCAAUUUAGACUGUGACAUGUAUUCAAACAACUCAGAGACAGUGAGAGAUGCCUUGUGUUUUUUCAUGGAUGAAGAGAAGGGCCAUGAGAUUGCUUAUGUGCAGUAUCCACAAAAAUUCAACAACAUCACAAACAACGACAUAUACAGCAAUUCCUUUAGGGUAAUUAAUGAGGUUGAGCUUCCAGGUUUCGAUUCUAAUGGAGGACCUUGCUAUAUCGGUACUGGGUGCUUCCACAGGAGAGAGGCUCUUUGCGGGAUGAAGCAUGGUCAGGAAUAUGAAGUGGAAUGGAAGAGAGAAAAUGAUAAACAGGCAGAAGGAAGUUCAUGUGUACUGGAAGAAACAUGCAAAGUUCUUGCAAGUUGUACCUAUGAAGAGAACACUCAGUGGGGAAAGGAGGUUUCUCUCUCUCUCUCUCUCUCUCUCUCUCUCUCUGCGCGCGCACACGCACACACAUACACAAGCAGGCACUCACAUAUAAGCGUGGUAUAUGUCGGUUUGCAGAUGGGUUUGAAGUAUGGUUGCCCAGUGGAGGAUGUUCUUACAGGAUUAAUAAUACAAUGUAGAGGUUGGAAAUCCAUAUAUUUCAAUCCAGAAAGAGCAGGCUUCUUAGGAGUUGGAAACGCUACACUGUUGCAGGUACUAGUACAACAUAAAAGAUGGUCUGAAGGUGAUUUUCAGAUAUUUCUCUCAAGGUACUGCUGCUUUAUGAAUGGCCCCAAAAUCUCCCUAAAACUUCAAGUUUCGUACUGUGUAUACUUGCUAUGGGCUCCAAACAGCUUGGCUGCAUUAUACUAUGUUCUGGUCUUGCCACUUUGUCUCCUAAAAGCCACCCCACUAUUUCCAAAGAUAUCAAGUCCAUGGGUCCUGCCUUUUGCAUAUGUCAUCUUGGCAGCACAUGGAUAUAGCUUAGGAGAGUUUAUGUGGUGUGGGGGCACACUUCGAGGUUGGUGGAAUGAUCAAAGGGUGUGGAUGUUCAAAAGAACAACAUCCUACUUCUUUGGCUUCAUGGAUAACAUAUUAAAGCUGUUGGGAUUCAACAAGCCAGCCUUUUCGGUUACCCCAAAGUCGGUUGACGAUCAUGUAUCUCAAAGAUAUGAGCAGGAGGUCAUGGAGUUUGGUACUUCCUCGCCGAUGUUUAUAAUUUUAGCAACACUAGCAUUGAUCAACUUGUUUGCUUUUGCUGGGGGAGUAAAAAUGGUAAUUAUGAAUGAGCAAACCAAUGGUUUGGAAGCAUUGGCAUUGCAAAUUCUUCUGUCUGGGCUCGUGGCUUUCAUCAACCUGCCUAUAUACCAAGGACUCUUCUUCCGACUGGACAACGGUCGAAUGCCUGCCUCUGUCACAUACCAGUCAGUUGCCUUAGCUCUAUUCGUCUGUUCAGUAGCCUUGUACUAGAUUGCCAUCUCUAUGUAUAAACCAAAGCUUCUGCUUUCCACCAUGCAUUUAAUGGUGGGCUUGUGGUUUUCAUUGAUCACUCUGUACACCCAAGGCUACCCUUCCAAAUGGAAUUGGCAAACUCACCCCGCCUGUCACUUAUUUACUAGGUCCCUUGUCUUAUUCAUUAGCAUUGUGUUUGAAGUUGGAACUCCAAAUGUACAAGCAAAAAGCCUCCAUAUACCGUAUGGGUGGCAACUUUCUUUGUUUUUUUUUUCCUUUUUGUGCAAAUGCGAGCUUAUUGUAAAAUAUUAAUUGUUAAAAUGAUUUUUUGAUUCUGCAU